GUACCUCAGGGGAAGAGACUUGGUGAUAGGCUGACAGCAAAGAGGAGCCCCAUAUUGCCCAAGCCCCGCUGUCAAUGGCUGAGAAGGAAGAUGAUGACGUGGAGGCUUGGCUGCAGUUGAAGCCUGUGGAGCCCUUGCCCUCCCAGUGCUGCGGCAGUGGCUGCUCGCCCUGUGUGUUUGACCUCUAUUACCGAGACCUGGAGAGAUGGGAAACAGCUAAAGCCAGAAAUGACAGGAGCCUGCUGAGUGGGAAGCCGCCACCUGAGAGCCAGGGCUGUGCUGCCAAGCUGAGUCCAGAGACUUUCCUGGCCUUUCACAUCAGUACCAUGGAGAAGGUCACCAAGGAUACCUAUCUUGUCCGAUUUACACUACCUGGGACCAGUCAGCUCGGCCUGCUUCCUGGGCAGCACCUCAUCCUACGAGGUGUAGUAGAUGGCUUAGAAAUUCAGAGAGCCUACACUCCCAUCAGCCCUGUCACUGCAGAAGGAUACUUUGACGUUUUAAUCAAGUGCUACCAGACUGGGCUCAUGUCCCGGUAUGUGGAGUCCUGGAGAACAGGAGAUACAGCUUUCUGGCGAGGGCCUUUCGGAAGUUUCUUAUAUGAACCAAAGAAGUAUGGUGAACUCCUCAUGCUGGCAGCCGGCACAGGCCUGGCCCCUAUGGUGCCUAUUCUGCACAGCAUCACAGACAAUGAAGACGAUGAGACCUUUGUCACCUUGGUCGGCUGCUUUAAGACCUUCGAGGGCAUCUAUCUGAAGACCUUCUUCCAGGAACAGGCCAGGUUCUGGAACGUGCGAACCUUCUUUGUCCUCAGUCAGGGUUCUGCCUCACCGAGGAGUGACCAGACUUGGUGCAUCUUGGUGUGCACAAUUCAGGAGGUCUCCCCAGAACAGCUUCCCUGGAGCUAUCGUGACAAGACCCACUUUGGCCGCCUGGGCCAGGAGCUGGUUGAUGAGCUGGUGGCCUGCUGCCGGAGAAAGCCAUUUACAUUAGUCUGUGGCUCACCUGCAUUUACUGAGGACAUGGCUAGGUAUUUGCUGUCUGCUGGCCUGACUGAGGACUCCUACUUCCUCUUCUAGCCCUAGCCUUGAACUUUAAUCAGGGGUACAGAGAGGAGCCCAGACCAGAGUCAGAAGACAUGGAGCACAGGCCUGGGCCUGCUGCCGACUUUCCCAGAGACUUUGGAACUUCCUUUCCUGUCUGCUGCAUCCUGCUGUGUGGAGGGAGGCCAGAAGUUAGCCUGGGAGUCAGGGAAGACUGUUCUACGGGAGCCAAGCAAACGGAGUCCUGCUGGGAGGGGUUAGCCAGGACAAGGGGUGAGGAGCCUCUUGUACUUCCAGAGUCCAUCAGUGCUGAGAAAAUGACUUGGGAAAAGCUCAGAGCUCUUGGGAGGACUUUAACCGUGCCUCCUGUGGGGUGAACCUGACUUGCAGAAGGCCUUGGGUCUGUGACCUGACCAUGUCCUCAGACUAAGGCCCUGCCUGGAUCAUCUCUGUAUCCCUGACAAGUCUUUCCUGCCACGAUCAGCGUCACGGUUAGUCUCAGGAGGCCAGCUCAGAGUCCUUUGCCCACAAAAGAAGAGGAACAGAGCCAAAUGCCCCUCCCUCCUGCAGGCAGCCACAUAGCCUGUGCCUUCAGCUCUCGGUGCCCUGGCGACGGUUGCUAUGGAGAUCUAAAGAUAGAGCAGGAGUCAGGAGACCUGGGUCCCUCUCCCAGCUCUGCCCACUGAGUGGCUGCUGAUCCAGGUCCACCCAGCCCCCACCUCCACCUCCUCUAUCCUGCACGGGGCAUGCCCUCUCCAGGGAACUCACUGCCCCGAGCAUCACGUUAACUUAAUGAAUUCUGCUUUCCACAGCCUGGGCCCCAGUGUGCUGCGCCAGCACAGGCUAGAUACAGGCAGUCCCAGACUUCUAAUGCUCAGCAGGGGAAUGUUAGAAGCUGAGAGCCAGGAACCAUCAGGAUUAGGCAUUUAUAACUAUGGAGUUGCAGUCUCCCCUCCCCCAUCCCACCCCCAUAGCAGAGCUCAGAUGCCAGAACACCCUGUCCAGCAGACUCAGUGUACAAACAGGUAAACCAAGGCCUAUGAGUGACUCACCCAAGGUGAAUGCCAAGACAACCCUACAAGUCUCCCAUCUCCUGCUCCUCCUGACCCCUGUGGUUGUACACCAUGCUUUUCAAACGGGGUUCCUCCCUGAAGGACAGCAGUGAAGGUGGCUGAAGAGAUCACCAGGCCCCCGUCAAUCAUAGCAGGUCUGUUUUUACCUCAGCCUCAUAGUGGGGCAUGGAGGAAUUUUUGUCUAAAAGGACUUUUCUAUCCCACCCUGAAAAAUCACUACAAAGAAAUCCCUGUUCACUGCACAGCCAUGGUGAACAGCUGAGCAAUGGGAAGCUUCCAUACUGCACCGCAGGGACACGGGACCUCUGUCAUGGUUUUACAGGGCAUUAGGUGUGACUUCUCAGAACCAAGUGUCAUGAGCAAAUUAAAGCUGCUUGAGCACAGGUCAAGCAAGACUCUUUCA